CGCCGCCUCCCGGCUUGGCGGCUCCCCCGCUCCCUCGCGUGUCGCGGUCCGGCGGUCGCCGUCGCCCAUCCGCGGUCCGCCUCCCUCGGCGCUCCGCCCUCCGCGCUCCGCCCUCCGCGCCUCCGCCUGCCCCCGGCGGCCUCCGCGCCUCCCCCUGCCCUCGGCUGGCCGGCCGGCGCGACGCCGCCUCCCCCUGCCCCCUGCGGCCUGGCUAGAAUCAAACGCCCCCUUAGUGCGGCGAAUAAUUUAUAUCCGCACCGGCGUGGGCUCCUCUUCUCGAAGCCUCUGCGUGGACACCGCGCGGCGAAUGUCGGGUGAAGAUGAGCUCCUCGCCGGCGGGGGCGUGCCCAUCCGGCCGCCGCGGCUGGAGGACGCGGGCCUCGAGGACUGCGCGCUACCGCUGGAGUCCAUCGCCGAGGCCUUUUCCCUCGCCGCGGCGGCCGUCUCCUCCCGCCUCGCCCGCUUCCCCCCCUCCGACGACUCCGACGAGGAGGACGAGGAGGGCCGCGUCUUGGCACCGCGCGGAGGCAGCUGCGUGGAUGAUGCCGGGCCCGCCCGUGGGGCUGUCCCCGACGCCGACGCCCUUGUUGUCGGCGACGGCGGCGGCGGCGCCGAUGAGGUCGUGGUCGUUGGCGGAGGGCGCGGAGGCGGAUGCGAGGACGCGGUGGUGGUCGGUGGGCGCGGGGAAGAGCGGGAUGGAGUCGUGGUGGUCGGGGAAGGGAGCGGGGAGAAGGAGCUGGGGAAGGAGGGUGGAUGCGUCGAGGGGGUCCUAGAAGGGGUCAGUGAAUCGGGGCGUGCGCACGGCGACGAAAAGGACGACGAGGAAGUGGCGGAGAAGGCGAUCUUGGUGCUAGAUUUUGAGUGAGCAGCUCGAUUGGUAACCGCUGGUUUGAGCUUGUCGUCAUAGCUUGGGCCAAGAUGCACGAUUGUGGUCUGAUACAUUCAUCAGUCGCAAGAGCCAUCGCAAGCAAUAACUGAUUGAUGUCACACCUUCGAAGCCGUUCUACGAAUUACUCUGGAGUUAUGGAUAAGCUUCUAUUUCAUAAGAAGCUCCUCAUUUCCCUCAUCCAGUUCAAAUUUCACUUGAUCUCAGCAAGGCUAUCAAGCUUACAAAAUUGUAUGACUUUGACCAAGAAGCUUAGAUGCAUUUCUUCUAGCAAGGAGUUGGCAAAGACGUUUGCUUGUCUACGCCAGUCUGCCGGAUCAGUGGUUCCUUUAUAAUCUAUUUCAAUCACUACUCUUGCCAGAUGAGUGCAAAACUCAAGCAGGACAACAACAACCAAAAUCACGGGAGCCUGAAAAUGUGUGCAAAAGAAAGACAGCAUGUACAAGGAUUGCAUGGAGACAUGCUCGCAGUCUGGUGACCGUGAACUGUCGGAGGACUUGUCUAUUUCAUUGAGCAGGGGAAGAAAGAAUGCUUUGCUUCUUGCCUCUUCAUUUGCUAUGACUUGAUACGACCAGAUAUUGCCCUUGAGCUUGCAUGGAUGAACAACAUGACAGACUUUGCUUUCCCAUAUCUGUUGCAGUUCAUUCGCGAAUACAGCAGCAAGGUUGAUGAUUUAGUUAACGACAAAAUUGAGUCGCAAAAUGAGGAAAGAGCGAAAGAGAAAGAGGAGAAAGAUCUUGUUGCUCAGCAGAACAUGUACGCACAGCUGCUUCCUCUCGCUUUGCCCGCUCCGCCGAUGCCAGGCAUGGGCGGUCCUCCACCUCCGAUGGGUGGAAUGGGCAUGCCUCCGAUGGGCCCUGGUCCGAUGCCAGCAUUUGGGAUGCCACCAAUGGGAAGCUACUAGGUUGGUUUUGCAGAGCGCUUAGAUGAUGAUUCGGAUUUUUCCAGUGUAAGCAGAAGUUGAACUAUGGGGUUGUAGAUGAUCACAGUUUGGAAUUAAUAUUCUUUAUGGUACCAGGAAAUUUUGGCGAGUGAAAUCUCUCGUUUGAGAAAUGCUACCUGUUGUUAUAAUCGGGUUCCCUUUGAUCCUGUUACCUCUGAAGUGUACAUGUGACUUUUGUUACCAUGUUA